AGUCUUGUGAUUCACUCUGCCCCGAAGAUUGUCCUAAUGCGGUGGGUGAGAGCGGCGAAGUGUUCAUUCCUUCGAAAUCAAGCGACCACUCUGAAAAGAAUUGGAUAGCAAAGUGUCACGCAAACGACAAUUUGUCCCAUGGAUAACCUCAAAAUUAUCAAGUUUACCUUUGAGAAAUAGUUACGAGUGGAAUGAAAAUGAAUAAUGGUCGUGAUAUUCGAAAUGAUUAUUAUUCUUGGUAACGUUACUUGAAUUAUCACGAAUUAUUUUAAUACUUGUAGACAAUUGCGUAAUUUUAUUUUCAGGAUUAUAAACAGGCGCGGAGACUGGAGCAAAAACUUUUGAACCGACUACUCCGAAGUUGGAUCGGCGACUUCCGGUUCUAAAAAUAUCGAUUCAACGUCAUUUUUUUCGCUAACAGACUUUAUAUUUCUUUUGAUUUGAUCCAUUCUAAAUUGUAGGGUAACACGACCGUUUGAAAUCGUACAAAUCACAAAUUCGUGAGAAAAUCUCAACUCACUGAUUCAAAAAUCAUUCGAAGAUGAAGAAAGUGCAAUUGAAACGUACGAAUCAUCUAGACGUCGUCGCAAAUCCUAGAGAGCAUAUGAAACCAUUCAAUUUUUGUUGCAACAUUAGUCGACAAGAUCCGGAAACUCGUUACGAUAUGAGAAUUCCACCUUUUAUAACGUCAUUGACAAAUAUUCCACCGAACAACAAGGAAGGUCCGGACCUAAAAUUUCGCUUACAGGAUACUGCAAGACAGGAUCGUGCACCGACGCUCCGAAGCGGAGUACAUAAAGUCAAAAGUCAUACGCACCAAAUGGGGCGAAGUAAAAGAGGUCGAGGUCCCUUGCAAUGGUACCUCGAGGAUGAAAUCGCUCUGGCACGCGAAAUUAUUGCGAAUGAGAAAGAGGAGAAACGACGGAGAGAGAUUAAAAAGCGUCGAGAUUUAUUGAAAGCGAAAAAACAUGGGAAACGUAAAAAAUCGAAAAUUCGUAAAAGCAACGCAGCGGAGGGAGUGAAACAUGCCGUGAGAUCGCCAUCUCAUCACAGAUCUUCAUCUCGUCACCGUUCAUCAGCCCGAGCUCAUAAAUCAUCAUCCGUUCAAAAAUCUCAAUCUAACGUGGGAAAUGACGAUCACGAAGAAGCUAUUGAAAAAGUCGAAGAAUGAUGACUGAAAUGCCAACUUAAGAAGCUUCCCGAUAAAACAAUUGUCGAAAAUACCUAAAGCGAUAUGAAAAAUUUAUUGAAUUGGGUCACAUAGAAAUAAUAAAGAAACGAAUAAAAAAUCCGAGAAUAAAAAUA